UUAAGGGAUUUAGGGUUAAUGUCAGUGGUAAAUAUUGAUUAUAUUUAUAAGUUAUAAUUGUUGCAAAGUGUUAUUAGUACGGUUUAUUUCGUUAGUGCAUGAGAGAGUAUUCUUAAUUUGGGCCUGGAAAAUGGAUGAUGUUGAAAAAUUUGAAAUCACUGAUUGGGACAUUGAAAAUGAGUUUAAUCCAAAUCGGGUUAAACAUCGGCAAACAAAGCAGCAGCAAAUAUAUGGAAUUUGGGCUGAUGAGGAUAGCGAUGACAAUGAACGACCCAGCUUUAGGUCUAAAGGAAAACAUGAUAUGACUGCUCCAAUCAGUUUCAUAAGUGGUGGUGUCAAACAAGCAGGCCAGCCAGAUGUAAAGCAAGAAAAUAGUGAUGAAGAUUCAAAGUCCUUCUUAGUGAAAUGUGUAUUAAGGCAUUUUAUGCUAUGUUAUAGAGAGAUUGGGGACUGGGAAAGACACACACGUGGUAUUGGUCAAAAGCUACUACUUCAGAUGGGCUAUCAACCAGGUAAGGGUUUAGGGAAGGAAUUACAAGGAAUUGCAGCACCUAUUGAAGCCAAACAGAGAAAAGGCAAGGGAGCUAUUGGGUGCUAUGGACCUGAGCAUAAGCAAGCUCCUAUAAAACUGACAUCUAUGGCUUCAGAUGAAGAGGUUGAAGAAGAAGUAAAACGACCUAGACAGUGGAAAAAGUCAGGGGGAGACAAGCCAAAAGUUAAGUUCAAUUAUCGUACACUUGAUGAGGUGACAGCAGAAGGAGCUAUGAAGAAUCAACGAGGGGAUUCCAGUCAACUAAGUCGUGUGAAGGUAAUUGACAUGACAGGGCCAGAACAGCGAAUCCUGUCAGGUUAUCAUCAAAUUCAUCAACAACACACUAAACCUGAAGAAAAGGAGGAGCCAGUGGAUACAAGAAAAGGUCGUGGUCAUCACUUUUCUCUUCCUGAGCUGACACACAACCUGGAUCUUUUGGUCAAUAUUGUGGAACAGACUAUCUUGAACAAUGAUCGAGAAUUGAAGCGAGAACAAGACAGAGUGAUCAACCUCGAACAUGAGGAGGAACGGUUGGCCAAGGUGAUACAAGAAGAAAAAAAACACAUUGACAGCUUGAAAACAGUAUUAGAAGAAAUUGAGAGACUUCAUGCUAGGACAGAAAUGGGUUGUGAAAAUCCAAUGACUCUUGAAGAAGUUAUUGAAGUAUUUGAAAAUCUUCAAGAGAAUUAUUACGAGGAAUACAGGAUGUACAACCUGACUGAUUUAACAAUCACUAUUGUCUUUCCCCUGAUGAAGCGCUAUAUGUCUUCGUGGAAUCCUUUCAAAGAUUCAAAGUAUGGAAUGGAUGUCUUCAAAAAAUGGAAAGAUCUCUUAGAGUUAGAGAAGGGAAUGCGAUUUAACCAGUGUCCAGCUUUAAAUGAUGAGAUGGACCCAUACCAUCAACUUAUGUGGCAUGUUUGGAUGCCCUGUCUUCGAACUGCAAUUUUCUCAUGGAUAGUUCGACAAUGUGACCCAUUAAUUGAUCUGUUAGAAAACUGGUUGCCUCUUCUGCCUACUUGGAUGACCACCAAUAUAUUAGAACAGAUGAUACUACCUCGUCUUCAGAAAGAGGUGGACACAUGGGAUCCUCUCACAGACACGAUGCCAAUUCAUUCAUGGAUUCAUCCUUGGUUACCUCUUAUGGGUGAUCGUUUAGAACCUCUUUAUGCUCCAAUACGCCACAAGCUAGCUAAUGCUCUGAAAAACUGGCAUCCAAGUGACUGCUCAGCUAAACUUAUCUUAGAACCAUGGAGAAAAGUGUUCAGUCUUGGAACUAUGCAAGCUUUUGUUGUGACUAAUAUCCUUCCCAAGUUGGCUAUGGUUCUACAAAACUUUAUUAUCAACCCUCAUCAACAACAUCUAGAUAUCUGGCAGUGGGUGAUGGCAUGGGAAGAUUUACUUCCAGUAGCAAGUCUAGCAAAUUUGUUACAGAAGCAUUUCUUUCCCCAGUGGUUACAGGUGUUGUGUGCUUGGUUAAACCACAAUCCAAACUAUGAUGAGGUUACAAAAUGGUAUACAGGCUGGAAAUCUAUGUUUUCUGAAGCUUUACUUAAUGAUCCUGUUAUCAAAGACCAGUUUAAGAAAGCCCUGGACAUCAUGAAUAGAGCCGUAUCAGCUACUCAAGGAAUGAUGAGCUUCCAGCCUGGGGCAAGAGAAAGUGUAUCAUAUCUUACUAAUGUGGAACGUCAACAGGGCUUAGAUGUAUCGGGCAGUACCAUAAGGAGCAAGAAAGACUAUGAGAGUAUAUCUUCUUCCAUACGAGCUUCGUCUUCUUCUGUAGCAGCCUUGGCUAUGAGUUUUAAAGACCUGAUAGAGAAGAAGGCUUUAGAGAAAAAUAUCUU